AGCGUAAAGUUAAAAAGAGAGAGAAUAUAUUGUGAAGUUAAGAAAAGAAAAAAAAGGAUAAAAGGUCCAUUAACAGAAAAGGUUACGGACCCAACUCUAAAAUUCCCGUUAUCUAUUUUUGUGAAUAAUGAGGAUUAACUGGUAGAAAACUGGAAGAAUCGUAAAACGCUUUGGCUGGAUCUUCUCGUCGCGGUGCCCAUACGAAGGGAUCAACAACUCCAGACACCAGAAAAAAGUAACAAAUACUCUCACUUUUUCCCUUUUCAUUUCGACGGGACUAACUCUAAAUUACAGGAUUUUAUUGUUGGAACUGAAGUUUUAAGGUGAUGGCGAGGAUCAAACCACAAGCUUUGCUACAACAGAGCAAAAGGAAGAAAGGCCCAGCUCGAAUAAGUCUUACAACAAUUAUAAUGUUGACUUUGAUUGUCGUUUUGAUUCUGUUUUUUGUGUAUGCCACCUACAGACACUGGACUCAAAGGUCAAGAAUUCAUAUUGAAAACAGGGAAUCAGUUAUUGAGGGUGACAACUCUUUCAUGGAUUCAAAGAAAUCUGAUCUUCCAGGAUAUGCUAUUUUAGAUACUGCGAAAGGCUCUAUUACAGUGGAGCUCUUCAAGGACAUUUCUCCUGAAGUUGUUGAUCAAUUCCUUGAUUUAUGUCAGAGAGGACACUUCAAUGGAAUGCUUUUUCGCCAUGUGAUAAAGCACUAUGUGAUUCAGGCUGCCGAUAGUGAUAAGCUGGGAGCUGUAGAGGACUGGACUUUGAAAGGAAAGCAAUACAGCCAACUUGAUACAAGUUUGAAGCAUGAAGCAUUCAUGCUUGGAACUUCUAAGGUAAAGCAUGAUAAGAAAGAAUUUGAGCUUUUCAUCACAACUGCACCAAUCCCAGAUCUAAAUGAGAAGCUUAUUGUCUUUGGGAAGGUCAUUAAGGGAGAAGACAUUGUUCAGGAAAUUGAAGAGGUGGACACAGAUGAGCAUUAUCGACCUAAAUCUUCUAUAGGGAUCCGCAGUGUGAAUCUGAAACAAAGCAUCUAAAAUCAAAACAUAAGCAAAUAAGUAUUCUAAAUGUAUGUUCUGUUAUUCCAAACAAAGUUUCAGCACCAUCAUAAGAAUCAAUGGUGCAUCCUUUUUUGAACUUCAUACUUCAUGGGGGCUGGUAGUGGUAUUUACUCAAAGUCAAUGUCUAUAGGUCAGUGUCCUUGGUAUUGUUCUGGCUCUUUUUUGGGUUAUCCUUUUUUGUUUUACUAACCUUCUAGCAUUUUCUUUGUUUUUUUUUUUUUUUUUUUUGCGGUGGUGGGGUUUGCAAGUCUGUUUCGAUAUGGACACUGUAUUUGUAGUUUAAUAAAAUUGGAUGAGAUGUACUUUACAAGUCCAACUCCGAAUAGAUAAAUUGAGAAAGGUGUCUGUAAUUUCGGAGAGUGAUAUCAUUAGUGUUCCUUUUAGACUUGAUUUUGAUAUGCAAGUUUUAGGUCCGUGAGUGUGUGUGCAGAACUUUCGUUGCCUCUUUCACAAUCGUAUCCCAAAGUUGAUCCAUUCAUAGAGAGCUAUUUGGAAGUUGGAACAUUAGUGAAGCAGCUAAAGCAUUACAGCAGAAAUACUUAAAUGCUGUAGCUUUUGUAUUUUCGGGUAAAACAAAACUACGGUAAGAAUUAAGAAAUGGACACUCCAAAACAUGCACGUGUUAGUCGGUUGUGGGGAUUUGGAAACAUUUGGCGAGAUCCGAAGAAUGAUCAAACAAUUUUUUAUAACAUUUGAUGUUGGAUUUUAUUUUAUACAACUUAAUAAUUAAGUGAUAUUUUGCAGGUAAA